GCAUCUUAAUUCGGCUUCGUAAUAAUAUUUCCAAAGCUGAAGAAGAAGAAGGAAAUUGAAGCUGUUGGGCAAAAAAAGCACAUCAAACUUGACAAAUAAGUAUUUGGAUCGGGAUCAGAGACUUGUCGAUUGUCAAGUGGUGUUUGAGGCCUACAACCUUCCAACGAUCCAAUUAUUCAGCCCUUCAAUCAUCCAAUCAACCAACAUCCAGCCUUCAACAUCAUUUAAUUGUCAAAUCUUAAUCAAACAAUCAGAAAGUGAUCUGGGUUACUAGGUAACCAUGGCGUGCUAGGUUUUGUUUUGUUGAUUCUGCGCUAGUGGGGCUUAUAUUUCUCCUCUUAAUUUGACUUGACAACCACCUCCAAACUUCCUCCUCACCUCGACAAAAUUCCUCCACCUCAAUAUCUCUCAGCUUAAAUACAGUUCUCUCUUUUAUCCCUUCAUAAUUGUCUUUGAGUUACAUCACAUUCAUCUGUCGCCAUGGCGACUUCAACGAAUCCCGUCAUGGAAUCUUUGAUCAGUCAUAUUGUCCUCCCGCCGCGGCUUCCUGGCAGGGACGACAGAAACGAAAAAUUAGAGAACGGCCUCAUAGAUCAUUUUAUCACGGCCUCAAAGACCAUGAGAGAUAUUACGAAUGACAAACUCUCUGAGAAUUGGGAUUGGGUUCGUCGAUCGUUGGAAACCGCAAAAGUCUUAAAUGCUCGAGGAAAACUGACGAAAGCUACACUCUUAUCCGAGUUUCGAUCUCUCCAGCAGAACGUUUACCUGAUUCUCAACAUUGUGGAGCAGAAUGCAGCUUUACUUAUUCAUUGGUAUGUUCCAAGCUUUCACAUUUAUUUAUACAAAAUCUGUAUGCACUCGAUACGUAAGAAAUAUCUGCUGAAUCCAUUCAAAGUAUCGAAGAGCGCGUAGUCUUCGAAUGUAUGGAAACAUCGGCAUCCGCGGAGGAUGUUUUAGCUGCGGAGAAUGCCUUAGAAUGGGAUUUUCCUGGGUAUGCAGUCGAUGUUCCAUUGUCAACGUUCCGCCAGCCCGAUUUCCUGGAAGAGUUGGCCAUUUUCUUGGAGCAAGCCAGUACCGAGUCAAUCAAACGAUUCGCCGCGAGAACUUUUAAAGCUGGUUCACUUAUUAUCGAAGCACGCGACACUGCCUCGUGCGCGCUCAUAUCACAGAUGCUCAUGACACUAUUGGAAGGCAAUGGUCGUAGAAUAUAUCCUUCAAUUCUAAAGAAGCGUGUUCGAGACGAUGUGGUAUGGUUUAAUGCCGAAAAGCCAUGGAGACGAAACCCUCUUUACCUCGUAUUGCGAGUCGCCUUACAAAGACAGCUAUACUCGAUGUCUGAUUUUGGCCGGACACAGUACAAAUUUAUGAGAUGCCUAGCUAUGGCACAGGUUCUUGAACUAAGCAUCUACGGCGUUAACCUCGAGUUACUAUCAUUCUUAAAAGCCAAACUAUGCCGAAGGCUUGCCAAACUCGAAAAUGAUGGUGAUAAAGAAUCGAGCGCCCUGGGAGCUAUUCAUGAGCAAACAUUCAAAACCUUGCGACCCAUUUUUCAGAAAGCAAUUCAGCGGGCCUCGGAACAUAUCGAAUCAGAGUGGGGAACUUUCAAGCGGUCUAACCAGCGACCAGUCAUGCCACUGCCAAGACGUGCUGCUGAUCGUGAUUUGUACUUAACUCUCCCCAACAGCGGUUUUUACCUACAGCGAAUCAUGGCCGAGGCUCUGUGUGUACCUCCGCGAACGCACAACAUCAAACUCCCUGUAGACGUAUCAGCAGCCGCCACUAGGAAGAUUGGAAAUUUCGGAAACCGCUAUAUCGAACUUUUCGACAUGGAAAGUGGCAUUGAGUUGAACAAUCUUCCUCCUCCAUCUGCUUCCAUUACUGAAAACAAAUCACGCUGUAAGGAGGUUUCUAAACAAAUAAACGCCUACCUCAAUGCAUCAAAAGGUGCUUAUUCUGCUAACUCGGAAGAACGUUCCAUAAUGUUAUUGAGCAUCGUGGAGCUUUGGAUGUCUUUGGAUAAGUGUGCAUGCAUUGUUUAUCCAUUACUUAAGGAGUUUCAUCCUCUCUUUACGUCCGAAAUGCUGGAUUUAUUGCAGCUAUCCUUAUAUAAAGAUAUGUGUCGACUGCAAAAAGUCCAGGAAUAUUUGCAAGAUCGCUGCAGAACUGCGGUUAGCAAUAGCGGAUACAGGACCAUCUUUGAGGAUCCAAUACAAGGCUGCUUUGCCGAGCGCUACUUCAUCGAGUCUGAUGAAGCCCUAAAGAUGGCAGAUCUCCUUGAGACUAUCGAGUUUGAUGCAGAACAGUUACGCCAGAAAAAAGAAGCAGAGUGGCUGAGGAUGAGUCAGGAAUAUGGCAAUAUUGUCAAGAGGAUCAAUGAGAGCACCUGCAUUUACACUCUUGAAGGACACAGCCGAGAUUGCUUAAAGUGCUCUCUGGAAAGGGAAGCCAAAAACUUCAGAAUUGAAGUGAGAUGGACAAUUACUGCGAUAUGUUUCUUCGCUUUGUACUACCUUUUACUUAUGAAUUCAUGCUUACUAGAACUAUAGGUCCACGAGCAUCCUUUGCCUUCAGAUCCAACUAGAGUGAAGGUGGUUAUAUUUGAGCUAUCCUGUCCCUGGACAUUUUCAAUUUAUCGAGAUACAACCUGGAAGAUCUUGUCAGCUUUGGCUUUUUCAACAAAACAAGGUGGUAGCUCAAAUCCUCAGGCAAGUAGAUCCCAAUGCAUCUCUUUCAAAUGAGUGGACAACACUAACUGUGCUUCAGGCGCUUUUGAAAGAUUAUCCGGGACUUUCGAGAUAUAUGAAUAAUGGAGAACACGGGUUUUCAUUGGGAUCGACAACAAAAAGAUUUCACAAAACUCAGUUAGUUGACUCUUUCAGGCUAAUUCACGCAAAACUAAGACCUCAAUUACUGACCCAUAUAUCUUAGCUAUCGCAUGGUUAUGUUCCCUGUUGAUAUUGAUGAUGUGUGUCCUUCUAAUAGCUUAAGGUUGUCAUACUACGACCUUUCCUCCCAACUAUGGCCAGGCCGAGAGUUUCAAGUUGAAAGACCUUCGUUUUCACACCAUUUCCAGUUCACGUUACCUCAAAGCUCGCCAUUCUCGAUGCUUUUGCCGCACCUGUCUGCCAACAGGGACGGGCGUUCGUCGUACGAGGUCGUUGCAAGUCAAUCUCAAUGUCCUAAAGGUCUGAAUGUCCAUGAGUUUGUGGCCUAUCAGGCACUAUUCUCAGGCAAAGCUUGCCGUCUCACACAGUUGCUAGUGGAACUUGGGUCUCAGAGUCUAAACUUUAGUACUGAAUCAAUGGCUAUUCUGGUCUCGCGUCUAGUACUUGAAGCCGGACCUCAUCGUCACGGCGAUUUUUUGCGUGUCAUCCAUCGGUCAUUCCGAGAUGAUACCUUCUGUUCUAGAAUGUUGGAGCAAUUGCAUCAGAGAUUGAGAAAUAUCGAGUCAAACUAUCGAGAGAAUCAUGCCAUGCAAACUAUAUUGACCAUAGCUUCACGUAUGAAACAGCUCGCAACCCCCAAUAUUGCCAAGUCAGCCUCCGAAUUACUCCACACUGCUCGGUCAAUUACCGCAUCUUGGGUCAAAAUUCUCAGAGAAGAAAUCAAACAGGCAAUCGAUUCCGAUACCGCUUCCAGGUGCCAAACAUAUUGUUUAUGGGCUGUUUUACUCUGUCGCCGAACAUUUUUUCAUCAAAAUGACGCACUAUUGGAUCCAGAGGCUCUCCGUUGUUUUAUCGAAUGCUCAAUCACGCUGCAAGAUAAUCUUUCCAAUGAUCCCGCUCUGGCCCCGGCUGGGCUCAAGAAUGCUAUCAUUCGAGAUUUGAAGGCUGUUUAUCAUAUGCGAUUUCUUUUACGGGAAUCGCUGCUUGCUAGCCCUCAAUCUCUACUGUUAGCAGUGGGAAUUGUCUGGCCACUACCAGAAGGAAGUGAACCACGUGUAUCUUCAAAAUUGAUUUUCGAUUGCCCUGAAAAAUGGUGGGUUUAUGCAAAAAUCGUUAGUUCGGCUCUCAUGAAAGAACAAACACUGAGUUUCCAUAUAUUCUAUGGCUACCUCUUGAUAGAUGGCCAGCCUCUGGGAGUGCUUCCGGCUGAUUAUAGAGCAUCGACUACUCUGAAAGAUCUCUUCGGGGAUGUCAACCUUCUCACCUUCCCUUCAUCGUUGCCCGGCUCCAAGUUCCAGUUAACAAACGAUCAAUUCGGUCAUGCUAUCCAUCUUGGGUUUCGCGAUGGAAAUGUCGUGGUUCGAGCCUGUUUAGGAAACACCAUUCUGGAGUUUGUACCCAGUCGGGUAUUUCACACUGGCAACAAUUAUGAUUUGCCAAUACCAUUAUUGUUAGAUUGUGUUCAGUAAGCUUUUUGAAUUCGUACACAACUACUUGUCAAAACUGACAAUCUACAGCUGGCUCAACCUAACGACGGGGAUCAUCGAAAUCCGGCAGAAACCCCACAUAUGGAAACCUAAAGAUAGCAAUUGGGUUUUGAAUGUACGAACUCGUGCAGCCUACCGUCGUACCUCCCGCUUGGUCAAUCCGUUUAGCCCAACAUUCAAACGCGUCCACAGGAUCCUUGAAUAUUUCGAGGAGCCGGGCCACUUGACAGUCUAUCAGCCGCGGAAAAACAACCUCACCGUUGAGCUUAAACGCCUAUCUUUGUCUUUCGCAGUUAACUACAAGAAGCAUCUUGAAUCAUCUCAGUUGCACGCGGAGAUAGAUGCUGACCAAGACUGUGGGGCUUGGUAUGGACUACGCAGUAAAAUUGUACUCAGGGAUACUAUUAAUCCACGAGUGCGUAGUAUUCUUGUGCCGUUGCCUGGUGACGAUCCCAGCAGUAUAAAAUCCCGCUGUCAUGGAAUACACGUUCAAGUACAUAUCGAUAAUCAUGGAGCUUAUGGUCGUUUUUUCGUCAAUGAUUCUCUAGGGCGAAUUGAUUGUCCAGCAGAGCCUUGGCAACUUUACACUAAAGCUUUACUGCAUGGCGUUACAUCUUUUCUCCUGCCAGACAUUUUGACAAAACGUACUGGAACGGAGGAAGCCGUUGCAUGUUUAAAAUCCGGUCUCUACCAGCCUUGGGUACCUUUAACACUGACAUCGCGCCUGUGUCUGUCGAAAAUUGCGAUGCUUAGCCCCAUCCGAGAGUACUACCCAAAAGAAGGUAAAUCUAUGCAGAAGAUUAACUGGAGUGAUAAAUGGACAACUACAAUCCAGUAUGAUGGCUACGAACCAAUAGUCCAUGAUCUACUCGAAAAAAGUGACAAGUUGGGAAAGUUUUCUCAUGAAAAGAGCCUAGAACUGCCGCAGCUGAAAACAGAGCCACAAAAACACUUAGUGAGUCGAAGCUAUGCCCGCCUGAGACCUUUCAGGCGCCCAGAUGGAUUUCUUGAGGAUCAUACAAUGACGCCAGACCCUGUUUAUGAUUCACGAGACAAGUACUGUGCUAGUCAAAGGCGCAAGAACAUUCUGGAGUGCGUCGAUCACAUCAUUCAGUGGCCCCAAAAAAUACAUAAUACGGCGGAGGUGGCUAGUAUUCUGCAAACAUACUCUAAUCUGAGAGGUUUCUACGCAGAACCUAGAAAGCUUCUCCUGUCAGAUCACUUGAAUGUUGAUUUCGGAGUAUCAUUUGGCCCUUUAUAUCGAUUCUGCCAACAAGCCUCCUCAGAUGACAAGUUUCGACUUCAGUUCCAGUUUGCUUUGAUGUCAUUUCGAGAUGAUAUCAAUAUGGAUGUGGUUAGGGUAUUGCUUGCUUGUUCUGUGUUAGAGGACUUGAAAAAGCUGAAUCCUCCGGCGUGUCUCAAUUAUGUCCAAUUUCGUCCAAACCAAGCUCCGCAUCUUACAUACAUCUUACAACUGCUGAAGCCUUGUCGCAUACCAUGUCCGCAAGACUUUCGUGAUACUUUUAGUGGACUCAGGUUACACGCGAAACAGCGCAAGAAUCUAGAACGCCGGGAAUAUGAGUAUGAGACGCAAACAGAUGCCGAUUGUGAGUUGUUUGCAAAGGUUCUGCUUGAUCAAUGGCCAUGUCCGAAACCCUCCAUUGGCGGCUUCUCGACAGAAGGACACAUAGAUAUCGCCAAGGCUAUGAGUAUUAUACAACCAGAUUGGGAGCGGCUUUUUCAGAAUAUGGAGCUCUCCAAGUAUCUCGAACAGGUUCAAGUAGUGCUUGGUAAAGCUUACAGUGGAACAAAUUUCGUGUUGCCAAAUAUGGAGAUUCAAACACAAGUAGUAUAUUCAUCAAGAAUCCGAGGUGGCGAGUCACCCACGUUGUCAAUGGAUUUAAUGCGAAUGCCAUGUGAGACUACGAUGGUAUCUAAUAAGGCGGUCUCAUUCAGUACACAAGCUGAAAACCUGAAUCACGAUGGCAAUCUAUCUCGAGAGGCACGUCUUCUCGAGGGCAUCGUUAAGAGUAAGUAAUAUUCUUGGUUUUUACAUCCAUACACGACUUGUACUGAUAACGCCUUAGAUCUCAUGGGCUCUGAGGCCUCGUUGGUACGCCAGAAAUAUGGGCAAGGAUUGAUGCAAAGCCUGGAAUCCCUCAAAGUAUUCGAGCAACUUCCGAAAAAUGGUAGAAAGCAGGCCGAUACCCUCAAGCUCUCCAAUGACAUACUCGAAACUAGAAGAGUACUACAACAAAUUUUCAAAGAGAUAUAUCAAUCAUUUGAUAGUCUGAGUGCUACUUGGCUACGAGCAGGAGGCUUGUACCCAUGUAUCUCAACUAUUACACUGCUUGAGAAUCUACGGUCUACCUCGAGCACAGGAAUCAAAUUUGGCAGUGGCAUGAGAGAGAGUUUGAUCAAAUAUGCUUUACAUAUCACAAAACUCCAGCGUCUACUCAGGAUCGAAGAAGCCUUCGCAAAGGGUGAUCAACAGCGCCUAAUAGAGGAGCAGAAUAACCCAGGACAUUCAAAUUGGCAGCCGAUCGACGAGCCUGAUUGGCUCUUGAUCGAAGUGGAGGCAAACGUUCUCAUUCGGCCUGACCAAGUCGACGUUGCAAGAGCUACAAUUUCCCCAAGUUCUAAAUCAAACUCUGUUCUGCAAAUGAACAUGGGGCAGGGGAAGACUUCAAUCAUUGUGCCUAUGGUGGCCUGUAAACUAGCCAAUUCCGAGCGCCUUGUGCGAAUUAUCGUGCCCAAACCAUUAUUAGUACCAACGGCGCAGUUAUUGCAAGCACGUCUAGGAUCUCUGCUAGGCCGAAACAUCCUUCAUGUGCCAUUUUCGAGAAAAACCCCCACAGAUACAGUAAAGACCUAUUUCAACUUGCACAAGAUGGCUCUUCAAAACUCAGGAAUUACUAUUGCUUUGCCGGAGCAUAUACUGUCAUUUCGAUUAUCUGGACUUCAACGUCUUUCGGAUGGUCAUUUAGAUGAAGGAAGUACAAUGGUGAAAGCCCAACAAUGGUUAAACUCCCGUUGCCGAGAUGUGAUGGAUGAGAGCGAUCAAAUUCUCUCAUUACGAACACAGCUCAUAUAUCCGAGUGGGGCUCAAAAAUCAGUUGAUAAUUAUCCUCAUCGUUGGGAAGUUGCCCAAGCUUUGCUUGCUCUUGUAUCAGGUCAUCUAUACAAUCUCGAGAAAGCUUAUCCGCACAGCAUCGAAGUUGUUCGAAGAGAUUGUGGUGGAUACCCUAUGCCAUUUUUCCUGCGAAAAGAUGUUGAAGAGGAGUUACUUAAUAGGCUUGUUGCUGAUAUCUGCAAUGGGCGAACUUCCAUUUUAGAUAUUUCUCGUUGCUCCAGAUCAGAUCGUAUAGCCAUCAGAGAUUUUAUAACCAAGCCCAAGGUCAGCACAAGUGUAUCCAAGGCCGUGAAAGGCAUCUUCCCAGACAAGCCCGCAAUGAAAAAGAAUCUAUUGAAUGUCCGUGGUCUGUUAGUACAUCGGAUCUUAUUGUUGGCCUUGAAGAAGAGGUGGCAUGUACAAUAUGGUCUUCAUCCCGAGAGAGACCCCAUCGCCGUUCCAUUUCAUGGCAAGGGUGUCCCAUCGGACCAAGCUGAAUGGGGCCACCCAGAUGUUGCAAUCCUUCUUACUUGUCUAGCAUUUUAUUACGAUGGACUGAACUACAAACAAUUGCAUCAAAGCCUGGAGCACGUUCUCAAAUCAGACGAUCCGGCCUCGAUAUAUGAUCAAUGGUCUAUGAGCUGUCCCAUGCUACCUGAUUCAUUGCGGGAUUGGAACAGUAUUAAUCUCGAAGAUGAACAACAGAUGCUUGAGCUAUGGUCGAAUUUCAAUCUAUCUCCAAUAAUAGUCGACUAUUACUGUAACAAUUUUGUGUUCCCAGCUCACGCCAAAUCUUUCAGUCUCAAACUACAAGCUAGUGGUUGGGAGAUCCCUCUAUCCUCCGCUGACAAUCUGAAUUCGCUCACUACUGGCUUUAGUGGUACCAAUGAUAAUCGAAAUUUGCUACCGCUCAAUCUCAAGCAGCAAGAUUUAGAUGGGCUCGCCCAUACCAACUCUGAGGUUCUCACCUACUUGCUUCAGCCGAGAAAUCGACAAUAUGUAAUUGCGGCUGAUGAAAGUGGCCGACAUCUUUCCGAGAUUGGCUUGCUGCGGAAGAUCUCAAAACGAGGCAUUCGAGUGCUCAUCGAUGCUGGGGCGCAGAUUCUCGAGUUGAGCAAUGAAUCCCUUGCAAGAAAAUGGCUUGAGAUCGACAAACAAGCACUUGCGGCCGUCUACUUUGAUGUAGCCGGAAAGCCAAUGGUGGUUCACAAGAAAUACAGGCCAGUGCCAUUAUCGGCCUCUCCAUAUUCUGAUGACUUAAGAGGUGUUGUUGUUUAUCUCGACGAAGCUCAUUGUCGUGGAAUUGACUUGAAGAUGCCUGCUGAUGCUUGCGGGGCGCUAACCUUAAGUGAGUCCACCAUUUAUCAAGGAAACGGGUCAGUAAUACUGAUGCUAACUUUGAGUAAGGUCUAGGGCAGAGCAAAGAUCAUACCGUACAGGCAGCAAUGAGACUAAGGCAACUUGCAACUUCCCAAUCCGUCAUAUUCUUUGCACCACCUGAAGUCAACCAGAGCAUUUUGGACUGUGUCAAGAAGAAUCAUGGAAACUAUCUAGAUUCACAUGACGUGAUUUGCUGGCUUUUGGAGCAGACAUGUGUGGGUAUCGAGCUUAUGCAGCCUCUUUAUUAUUCUCAAGGCAUUGAUCAUUGCCGUAGAAUUCAGGCUGCUGCUGAUAAUGCAGAUUUCCUUGUGGACGUCGACCAGCGGGAGCAGUAUCUAAAUACCUUGAGGCAGAAGGAGCAACUCAGCCUAGAGCAACUUUAUGGAGCUAAAACAACAUCCAAGGCUAUAGUUGGCUCUGGGAAAUUGACUGCCCAAACAACCAAUUAUAUAAAAGAGCUCAAUGCGAUGCGGAAAAGCUUUCGAGAUACCGGCGAUGCUGUUCACCAUACUGCUUUACAAGAAGUGGAACAAGAGAGAGAAGUCGCUUACGAGGUUGAAACGGUGCGAGAAGUCCAAAAGCCUACGCACUACCAAGCUUGGUCAUUCCCUGGUCUUGAUAAAGAUAUUCUCAUCUUUGCCAAAACUGGCCGACUACCUGCAGGCUCUACGUGCUGUGAACAUGCUUUUGUGGCUCUGAGAAAGACUGGAGUUGGUAGGAAAUUUGGCAUUAAUGCUACGGCUCUUCAGUCUCGACUAUUCGUCUCCAGAGAGUUCAUGCGUUCUGUUAAAGUAAACACGGAGCCACAUGACAAUUUCUUGGUAAGUCGGCACUCUAAUGAUUUUGUGUCAUGAUUAUACAAUUACUAACUCGCCUUCUUCAGCGCCAAGUGAGUUGGGUUUUAUGGAGCCUUGUCACCGAAACUGCUUUAGUUAUCAUACCUGAAGAAGCUGAACUUCUCAUCCCAGUUCUCCGCGGGGCACUAACUCCUGUUUGCUUCCUCUUGACCUAUGCAGCCCCUAUAACGCGCAAAAUGCUUGCUCUCUUCAACGACCUCAGAUAUUAUGCUACACCUGCACUUUCAAAGGAUUGGGUUGCGCCAGUAUGGUUGUCAGUACAACUAGGUAUUUUCUCAGGGGCCCUUUAUUUUGAAAUCUCUCAGUAUGAGUACCUACGUUGGUUUUUGGGUUUUGAAGUCGACAAAAAUAUGGAAGAGUUGCAAGAGGAUUGCUUGGAGGAAGAUCAUCAUGUUAUUGAUGGCUUCAGUAACGAGAACGCUAACCCCAAAGAACAAAAGUCUGUUGGGUUUACGUCCAGACCUCUAACAUUCUUGCAAGAAUGGCUGAGUGUAAGACGCAAAGGCCAAGACUUUUCUCAUACUCCCAUGGGAUACGUGUGCCAAGGAAAAGUUCUUACAGAAAGUCAUCCAUUUUUCAGCAAGAAUGGGGCGGGUGUCGACCAAAAACUUGCUCAGUCGAGUCGGAGAGGAAUAUCUGGUUCAAAGGGAGCUUCGGCGAGAAAUACUCUUGAUGAUGAUCUUAAUGACGACUGGGCUGACAUGAAUGAUGACGGGAAUGGUGUAGCGAUUGGCGCUGAAAGUGAUUUUGAGGAUUCUGAUGAUUAUGAGGAUGAGGAGACCAGUAGUGGUAGUGCUUUUACGAGCUUGGAUGAGGAUUUUUGAGAUUUAUGUAGGAUUUUCUUGAGAGGUGUUGCGUAGAAUGCUUGGGAGUGGACAAGAUGGGUAAAGAUAUGAUUGUUAGAUUACAAUAGGUAUUGACUUGGAAAUUUGUUUUGCUUUUUUUGCUUUUUGUGGCUGUAGGAAUUGGUUCAUCACUUUGUAGUUAACAUAGGGUAACUAGCAUACAAUUUUUCUUUC